AUGGUUAUGCGUAGUGCACCUUUGAUGGGGUGGAAGAACGUGAGCACUGGCUCUGAUGCUGAAAAGCACAUGCCGAUCACAAGGAUAUGCGUCCAAGUGCAGCAAGGUUCGAUCUAUGGCGUGCGCGAUAGACUUCCAAAUGGACAGAAUUACUAUUACUUCAAGGGUGUACCGUACGCGAAGCCACCCGUUGGACAGCUUCGCUUCAAGUCGCCAAUGCCGUUGGAGAAGUUUGCCGUGUCCUAUCUGGAUUGUACACGGGAGCGCAGCAACUGCCUAGGGUUGGACGUACUGUCCAAGGAUAUCAGUGGCUCUGAGGACGGCUUGUUUCUAAACAUCUACACACCGAAACUAGGCAAACGUGAUGACCCGGAACCACUGCCGGUCAUGGUGUUUAUCCACGGUGGUGGACUUAUUGGAGGUCACGGUGACAGUUCACUUUACCUUCCAAACUACCUAGUACAAGAAGGUGUGAUCGUUGUGACACUCAACUAUCGGCUAGGCGUACUCGGUUUCCUCUGUUUGCCGGAUGCUGGCGUUGAGGGUAACGCAGGUCUGAAGGAUCAGCGUGCGGCACUGCGUUGGAUAUCGGAAAACAUUGCUGUGUUUGGUGGAGAUCCGAACAAUGUGACGCUAUUCGGCGCAAGCUCAGGAGCGAUUGCGGUCAACUUCCACUGCCUUUCGCCGGAGUCUAAGCGCUACUUUCACAAGGCGAUUCUGCAGAGUGGUUCCAUUUACACGGAGUUUGCGUUCCAGGAACAGCCCGAGGAAAAGGCACGCAGAUUGGCAAAGUUGUUGGGCCAUAAUCCGGCCACAGAUGUGGAGGUGUAUGAGAUACUGCGAAAUGCACCAGCUCGCAAGCUGUUUGAGUUGCAACCGUUGGUGUUGACCGAACGCGAAAAAGCGGUAGAACGCUUAUUUCAAAUCCCUUUUCUGCCGGUGAUUGAGAGAUCUGACUCGGUGGAUGCGUUGAUCACUCGUCACCCGACUGAGAUUCUUAGCGAGCCCGACUCGAUGGACAUCCCGAUCAUACUCGGGUACAACGAGCGUGACGGUAUGAUGGUGUUGAUCGACGCCAUCAAAACCCUGGCCACGUAUAAUGCUGAACCGGAGCGUUUUAUUCCACGGACCGUGGCGCUGGAUUACUUUUCACCAGAAGCUCGCGCGCUGGGUGAAGAGAUUCGGGAAUUCUAUUUCGGUUCGCGGCCGGUCAGCCGGGACACACUGAACCAACUGACGGAUGUAUUCACUGACAAGUAUCUGCUCGCGUACCGGAUGACGGUGGAACUGUGGGCGCGUCACCAACGCCGAUCGAAGUUCUUCGGUUACCGAUUCGCGUUCGAUGGAUUGCUGAACAAGGGCAAAGCGAUCAUGUCGCUGGGUACUAUGAAAGGGGCGGCACACAUCGACGAGGUGUACUACCUUUUCAGCUCGCCACUGUUACGCACGGAAGUGCCGGAAACGGAUCGAGCGUACGGACUGCGGAACACGAUGGUUCGUCUCUGGACCAACUUUGCACGCUACAGUGAUCCAACACCGCAACAGUCGACUCCCGACGCGAGCAUUCCUUUCCGAUGGGAACCUCAGCCGAAUGUGGCGGAAAAUCUAGACGUACCACUAAUGUGUCUGAACAUCACCAACAACGGUAUCGCGAUGGCCGAAAUGCCCGAAAAGCGGCGGAUGAACUUUUGGGCAGGCAUUUUUCAGCGCUUCAACGGCAAACUGGCCGAUGUCAAGCUGCCCCUGGUAAGUUCUUCCCUCAACAGUGCACCCGAUCUCAACAACAACACACUAUAA